AUGACAUAGCCAGUAGCUCUUUACUAAGAAACAGCCUAUUGGGAUCAACACUAUUCUAUCGAUUUCUAACUUACUGAUUCAUCAAUAGCGAAUGAUAGUAAUAAGCUCAAACUAUAUCAUCAGUACUUCGAUUAUUUGCAACUUUCAAAAACACGAAUCAAACGAUUAAAGUCUUCCAACAAGAUACAAGCAAGUCAUCAAAGUCCAGACCUCAACUCACCCAACAACAUUCAUCAUGACUGAUACCCCAUCCCACCCGCUACCCCUUGAUCCUCGCGAGCAGCCUAUAUUGGAAGCGCUCACUUCAAUACGGGACGAAUUGACUCUUCUAAAGCAAGAUAGAACAACGUAUAUCAAGGCUGCAGAUGUACUUGUCCUGCAAGGCAAAGCAGUUGAACAAGUUAAACUUCUGAAUGAGAUAAGAGCCGAUAAGCCUGAUGAGCAAACCGAGAACCUUACAGUGGAUCGCGUGUUGGAUGGAUGUUUCCAACUGCUCUCCCUAUUCUUCAUGACCAUUGGCAAAACCAACGAAGCACCCGCAGCCUAUUCCCUCACAUCCACGAUCAAGCGCCUACUCGAUCACCUUACCGAAGUCGAUCUGUAUUGCGAGAAGGACUUAGCACACGUUGCACAGACUCUCGAGAGGCUAGGAGGCAUUGUGAAGAAUGCUAAGCCGUCUUACUCCCCCUUCCUUCUCACUCUUCUCGGUAACAGAAUCGAUGUCUGCCAGCGAUCAUUGAAGAAAUUGAGUAAACGACUGGAGCGAAUUGGUGCAGACUUGUUACCCAUUCACGAAAAGAUCAUAUCAAUAUUGAGAUCAAUAUCAUUGGCAAAUACCAGGGCUAAGUUUUCGACAACAGAAGUGACGAAGCUGCAAAAUCAAAUAAAAGAGAUUGAUUCUCAAAGAGUUGAUGGAAAGUUUGUAACAGCCUCUGGGGAAACACCUCCAGGAAAUGAUGAAGUUUGUGAAUAUCUAGAAAGGUGUUUGAAGUGGGCGGAAGUUGUGCUGGAAAGAAAGGGACAAUUUCCAGAAGCCUUUCAAGGACCAUAUUCCGUUCUAGUUGAGAUUCGAAACAAACUCGAGAAGCUAUCUUUGACUCAAGCCUGGUCAUUGAGGGAAACUGAUUUGUACGACUUCCAGCGACAAUUGGACAGAAUCGACGAGAGCAGAGUAGACGGUAAUUUCGUUGAUGCUGAAGGAAAAUUUGCCGAAUUAUAUGUCCAGCGGACUUUACUCUAUUUAAUUCGACGUAGCUAUGCUUAUAUUUAUUUUCUCAUGGUGUCCUCCGAGCCAGUUUCUGAAGCACUUCUUCCGGUUUAUAACCAACUUCAAACUCUGAGGCGAUGUCUCAUUGAAGUCAAGAAUUCCGGCGGAGUCAGUUCUCCAAGAGAAUUAUAUCCUUACAGCAUGAAGUUGAAUUCAAUCGACAACAUGCGUGUAGACGGCAAAUUCAUGGUCGGACCAGAUAUUCCUGAAGGCCAAGGCAGCGUCACUGAUCUCCUUGCAGAAUGCUUUGAGCUUAGUUAUGACCUGCGCGUGGCCGCAGAGACUGAAAGUGAUGCAUAAUAAAAUAAGUAUUGCUUUAUUUUUGGGGAGUCUGGUGGUAUGCACAGUGACUUUGACAGUCCUUGAGGCUGGGGGCGUUCUGGGUUAUGAUUUGGGGUAAACUUUAUCAACAUUUUUUUUAGGUAUGGUGAAGUCUUUGUAAGAUAUCUGGAUCAAAAACAAGGUACAGGUGCAACACUAGGGAACUUAUGGGGGACCAUCAGUGUAUGGAAAGUCACUUAUGUGCAAAUACAACAAGGCGUACAAUGGAUCAGAUUUGA